CGGUCACGUGAUUGGACCGCGUCCACGGUGAAGCCGGGAUCAGCUUUAAUGUGUUUUCCUUUCCCGUCUCCUACAAAGCUUUUUAAAUACUCCAUUCAAAAUAUUGUGUUUAAGGUUCGGGGCAGAUUACCACUGUUGGAGAGAGAACGUAAAUAUAAAGUAAAUGUCCAGUAUUCGUUCGUCUGUCCAUCCUAAACAGCUGAACCAGCCCUGGGGGACGAUCCUGAAGCCUGAGUACGGACUGGGUCACCAGAAGAUGACUGACUACGAGAUUGACCAGACCGUGGACCGCCUGUACAAGAUCCCGGCCACCAAGGAGAGGGUGUACGAGAGGCCCGGCAAAAAGAUGUCCGAUGAGGAAAUCGCAGAAAUGCUACAGCGUCUGACCAAGGCGCCGGUGGAGAAGAUUCCUGACAGUGACCGGCGGGUCACCAAGUCCAUGUACAACAAUAUGGGUGUGGUCAGCUCCUACGCCUGGAAGGGCUACAACUAGCACCACGUGAUCGGAAGUGUCACAAGCACCACGUGACCGGAAGUGUGUGUAGGGAGGAGACU